CCUAGUCAGCAUGAACGCCAGUGAGUUCCGGAGGAGAGGGAAAGAAAUGGUGGAUUACGUGGCCGACUACUUGGAAGGCAUUGAGGGGCGUCAGGUCUACCCCGACGUGGAACCUGGCUACCUGCGAGCGCUGAUCCCCGCUGCGGCCCCACAGGAGCCAGACACCUAUGAGGACAUCAUCAAGGAUGUGGAGAAGGUCAUCAUGCCGGGGGUCACUCACUGGCAUAGCCCCUUCUUCUUUGCCUACUUCCCCACGGCCAGCUCCUACCCCGCCAUGCUGGCCGACAUGCUGUGUGGGGCCAUCGGCUGCAUCGGCUUCUCCUGGGCUGCAAGCCCGGCCUGCACAGAGCUGGAGACGGCCAUGAUGGACUGGCUGGGCAAGAUGCUGCAACUGCCGGACGCAUUCUUGGCUGGGAGUGCUGGAGAAGGGGGGGGUGUGAUCCAGGGCAGUGCCAGUGAGGCCACCCUGGUGGCCCUGCUGGCUGCUCGCACCAAGGUGAUCCAGCGGCUGCAGGCGGCAUCCCCUGAGCUGACGCCGGCCACCAUCAUGGACAAGCUGGUGGCCUACGCCUCUGAUCAAGCACACUCGUCCGUGGAAAGAGCCAGCCUGAUUGGUGGAGUGAAGCUGAAGGCGAUCCCUUCCGAUGGCAGCUUCGCCAUGCGGGCAUCUGCCUUGCAGGAGGCUCUGGACAGAGACAGGGCGGCUGGCCUGAUCCCCUUCUUCGUGGUGACUACGCUGGGGACCACCUCCUGCUGCUCCUUCGACAACCUCCUGGAAGUGGGCCCUGUCUGCAACCGGGAGGACCUGUGGCUGCACAUUGAUGCUGCCUACGCCGGCAGCGCCUUCAUCUGCCCCGAGUUCCGGCCCCUUCUGAACGGUGUGGAGUUCGCAGACUCCUUUAACUUCAACCCACACAAGUGGCUGCUGGUGAACUUCGACUGCUCCGCCAUGUGGGUGAAGAAGAGAGCAGACCUAACAGGCGCCUUUAAGCUGGAUCCUGUUUACCUGAAGCACAGCCACCAGGACUCAGGGCUCAUCACGGACUACAGGCACUGGCAGAUCCCACUGGGCCGCAGGUUCCGCUCCCUGAAGAUGUGGUUUGUGUUCCGAUUAUAUGGGGUCAAGGGGCUGCAGGCCUACAUCCGCAAGCAUGUGCAGCUGGCUCGUGAGUUUGAGUCCCUGGUGCGCCAGGAUCCCCGCUUUGAGAUCUGCGCCCAAGUCACCCUGGGGCUCGUCUGCUUUCGGCUAAAGGGGCCCAACCAAGUGAACGAGGCUCUUCUGCAGAGGAUAAAUGAUGCCAAAAAAAUCCACUUGGUUCCCUGUCGCCUCCGUGACAAGUUUGUGCUGCGUUUUGCCAUUUGCUCACGCACCGUGGAGUCUGCACAUGUGCAGCUGGCCUGGGCACACAUCCAAGAGCUGGCAACCGCUGUGCUGGGGGCAGGACCUGCUACAGAGAUCAAAAGCUGAAGAGAAGAAUGUCUGAAAACCAGAGUAAGAACGCACACGUCCUCCCUGUUGCACGGGCUCAGCCCACGUGUGGCGCGUGGCUUUCCCGUCACCCAGAGCUC